CCACUGUAUGGCCGAUUGACCUAGUUUUAAAAUGGCGCCAACAGCUGAUUGAAUGCAAAAGCCGGUCUCUGAUUUGUUUAUUUCGCAAAUCGUCGCUGAUUACUCAGCUGUUUGAUCGAUACUACCCCCGCUUCGGUGCGAUUCCCGAGGUGUUGAAACACCUUUCGUGUGGGCCAGGCCAUCAAAUCACGCAAUCCCAUCGAGGACAUGCCAUCACACACUCCUUGGCGGAGCCGCGGCGAUGACAAACUUUCUGGAUCAGUUGCCUCAGCACAUCAGGGAAAUCGCGGAGCAAGUUAAUGUCCUGGCACCGGAGGAGGUGCUGACAACCCCGAAGGUUCGCUUCCUGGACACGCGUUCCAAAUCGCUGCACACGCUGGUCCGUAAGUGCACGCCGGAGGAUGUGCGGGUGCUCAAGGAUGCAGCGGCCAAGUGGCUGGCAGAGCUGCCACAGUCAGCCGACUCCCUGUUCAAACCGCUGGCCAAUGUGAGAUGGUCGCGCAUCUCCUUCGGCUGUUCAGCUUUGGAUCGGUGCACUGGCGGCGGUGUGGUCACUCGAGGCAUCACCGAACUCUGUGGCGCUUCGGGCGUGGGCAAGACGCAGCUCCUACUCCAGUUGGCCUUGUGUGUCCAACUGCCCACCGCUGGGGGACUGGGCAAGGGUGUGGCCUAUAUUUGUACGGAGGAUGCCUUUCCGGCGAGAAGGCUGCUGCAGAUGAGCAAGGCCUGCGAGAAGCGAUAUCCCCAGGAGAAGCUGAACUUUCUAGGCAACAUAUUUGUAGAGCACCAUUACGAAACGGAACCUCUGCUAAAUUGCGUAAAGAAUCGGCUGCCCCGCCUGAUGCAGCAGCAUGGCAUUGGCCUAAUCAUCAUUGAUUCCGUGGCGGCUAUCUUCCGGCUUUACACCGAUUACCUGGAGCGAGCCCGGGAGAUGCGUCGUUUGGCCAAUGCUCUGCUCACUUAUGCUGACAAGUACAAUUGCGCUGUGGUGUGCGUGAAUCAGGUGGCCUCCAGUGCCGUGAAGGAGGAGAUACCCUGCCUGGGACUGCAGUGGGCCCAUCUGGGACGUACUCGCUUGAGGGUGUCACGUGUACCCAAGCAGCAUAGGGCAGGAGAUCAGUUGCUGACCGUGAGAAAGCUGGAGAUUCUCUACUCCCCGGAGACUCCCAAUGAUUUCGCCGAGUUCCUUAUUACCGCCGAGGGCGUGGUCGAUGUUCCUGAGCAGCAGUUUACCCGCCCGCCAGCCAAAAUGCGCCGCCUGUGAUCGAUUGAAUUUUAAUCUGUUUAUUUUGUUUUCCAUAUUCUUUUUGUUUUGUUUAAUUUGUUUGAAUUUAAAAUGUGUAAUGGCGGAUUCUAUUCAGCCAUUAUAAUUUGAUUCUAUUUUAAUUUAAUUUAAAGGAAUUUGCAAAGAGUUAGGAAUUUCUUUACUUACAAAGAAAUGUAUUACUUUAAGAAUAAGCUCUUUUUAAGUAUAAAAACUAUAAAUAUAAGAAAAGGAAAAGAAAAAAAGAAAGAUAAGAAAAGGACAUAUCAAUUAAUGUAUUAAUUUGUACAGUUUGGUUUUAUUAAAUUCAUUUUAAAGAUUUUAUUUUAAGCUGAGAAAGUUGUCCUUCAAGUUUGUCCCAAAAUUUAAUUGUAGUUAAUUGCGAAAUUCCUUUAAACUAUAUUAUUAUAGAAUCUUUCCCGGGGCUAUGUCAUUCUCAUUUGUUGCCUUACUUAAUUUUGUACAAACACUCAAUAAAUAUGUUUCAUUCAAA